GAUGAACAGAAACCGAAUGGUGGCUCGGAGGAUAUUUAUCCAUUGAAACCAGAAAAGAGUUUGCCGGUAAAUUCAUUGAAUUUUUGCAAAUUCGGCUCAGUUUGUGGAGUUGGAGAACGAGAGGAGAUUCUGGUAGCAAUCCCUAGUGUUACGGAGUCCUCUGCUAUUGAUAUUUGGAAUCUUUCGAAUCAACGAUUAAUUACAUCUUCGAUUGGACUUGAUCAGAAGCGAGAAAGAGGCUAUUGCAUGGCCUUGAAGUUCUUUCGGAAUCUCAAUAGUCAAGAUUCUUUGUCGACCAACUAUUUGAUACUAGCAGCUUAUGAAAAUGGUAGUGUUGUCUUGUGGUCGGUAAAAAUCGGCAAGAAUGAUUCACCAUUAGGAGAUGAUGAAGAAAUUGUUAUUACUAACCAGUUGUGGAGUCGCAAAGAGCAUAUUGAAAGUGCUUUAGGCCUUGAUGUCUCGGUUGAUAAAAAAUUUGCCAUAUCUACAGCUGGAGAUAAUAAAAUUGUCAAAUACAUUUUUGAUGAUGAGAAUUACCGAGCCGAACCACUGAUCAAAAGUACAACAAUAAAGCAUUCUGGAAUAGCAGAUGUAAAGAUUCGAUCCGACGGAAAAAUCUUUGCCACAGCUGGAUGGGAUACAAAGAUUCGCAUAUUUUCUUCAAAUUCCUUGAAACCAUUAGCAAUACUAUCCUACCACCGGGAAAGUGUUUAUGCACUAGCAUUUUCCAAAGUUUUCGAACAAGAAGACGAAAUUUCAAAAAGUAAAUCAAAGGAUAAAGAAGCUGAUGACGGAACUGUACAAGAGCAGCUGCAACAAUUCACUAACCAUUGUCUAAUUGGAGGCGGCAAAGAUCAUAGAAUUAGUUUAUGGGAAAUCUAUUAA